UGGCCGCGCCGUCAAUGCGCUGGCGCACGCACCGCCUACCAUCGCCUGAGCUGGACCAGUCGGCCGUCAGGCAUACGCUGGGGACGGCCGGCUGCUCCUGGUCCCGCAGAAGGGGUUCCCACGUGCUUCCGCCUCGCUGCUUGUUGGAGUUGGCUGAGGUCUGGGCGCAGUGACAGUUUUUCACCAUGCAUCGGAAGAAAGUGGAUAACCGGAUCCGGAUUCUCAUUGAGAAUGGGGUAGCUGAGCGGCAAAGGUCUCUCUUUGUUGUGGUUGGAGAUCGAGGAAAGGAUCAGGUGGUCAUACUCCAUCACAUGCUGUCCAAAGCAACUGUGAGGGCGCGGCCUUCAGUGCUGUGGUGUUAUAAGAAGGAGCUGGGGUUUAGCAGUCAUCGGAAGAAAAGAAUGCGACAGCUGCAGAAAAAAAUAAAGAACGGGACGCUGAACAUCAAACAAGAUGACCCCUUUGAACUCUUCGUAGCCGCCACAAACAUUCGCUACUGCUACUACAACGAGACCCACAAGAUCCUGGGCAAUACUUUUGGCAUGUGUGUUCUGCAGGAUUUUGAAGCUCUGACUCCCAACUUGCUGGCCAGGACUGUGGAGACCGUGGAAGGCGGUGGGCUGGUGGUUAUCCUCCUCCGGACCAUGAAUUCACUCAAGCAAUUGUACACGAUGACCAUGGACGUGCAUUCGAGAUACAGGACCGAGGCCCAUCAGGAUGUGGUGGGAAGAUUUAACGAGAGAUUUAUCCUUUCUCUGGCUUCGUGUAAGAAGUGUCUCGUCAUCGAUGACCAGCUCAACAUCCUGCCCAUCUCCUCCCACGCCGCCAGCAUCGAGGCCCUACCUCCCCAGACCCCGGAUGAGAGUCUUGGUCCUUCUGACCUGGAGCUGAAGGAGCUGAAGGAGAGCUUGCAGGACACCCAGCCCGUGGGCGUGCUGGUGGACUGCUGCAGGACCCUAGACCAGGCCAAAGCUGUCUUAAAAUUCAUCGAGGGCAUCUCUGAAAAGACCCUGAGGAGUACUGUGGCGCUCACAGCUGCCCGAGGAAGGGGAAAAUCUGCAGCCCUGGGAUUGGCCAUCGCUGGGGCGGUGGCUUUCGGGUACUCCAAUAUCUUUGUUACCUCACCGAGCCCGGAUAACCUCCACACGCUGUUUGAAUUUGUGUUUAAAGGAUUUGAUGCUCUGCAAUAUCAGGAGCAUCUGGAUUAUGAGAUCAUUCAGUCUCUAAAUCCUGAAUUUAACAAAGCGGUGAUCAGAGUGAACGUAUUUCGGGAACACAGGCAGACCAUUCAGUAUAUACAUCCUGCUGAUGCUGUGAAACUGGGCCAGGCCGAACUUGUUGUGAUUGACGAAGCUGCCGCCAUCCCCCUCCCCCUGGUGAAGAACCUCCUGGGCCCCUACCUUGUUUUCAUGGCAUCCACCAUCAACGGCUAUGAGGGCACUGGCCGAUCCUUGUCCCUCAAGCUAAUUCAGCAGCUCCGUCAGCAGAGUGCCCAGAGCCAGGUCAGCACCACCGCUGAGAACAAGGCCACGACGACAGCCCGACUGGCAUCAGCGCGAACCCUGCAUGAGGUUUCCCUGCAGGAGUCGAUCCGAUACGCCCCUGGGGACGCAGUGGAGAAGUGGCUCAACGACCUGCUCUGCCUGGAUUGUCUCAACAUCACUCGGAUCGUCUCCGGCUGCCCCUUGCCUGAAGCCUGUGAGCUCUACUAUGUCAACAGAGAUACCCUCUUUUGCUACCACAAGGCCUCCGAGGUUUUUCUCCAACGCCUCAUGGCCCUCUACGUGGCUUCUCACUACAAGAACUCCCCCAACGAUCUCCAGAUGCUCUCUGAUGCACCUGCUCACCAUCUCUUCUGCCUCCUGCCGCCCGUGCCCCCCACCCAGAAUGCCCUUCCAGAAGUGCUCGCUGUCAUUCAGGUGUGCCUCGAGGGGGAGAUUUCACGCCAGUCCAUCUUGAACAGCCUGUCCCGAGGCAAGAAGGCUUCGGGGGACUUGAUUCCAUGGACGGUGUCGGAACAGUUCCAAGAUCCAGACUUCGGUGGCCUUUCUGGUGGAAGGGUUGUUCGCAUUGCUGUUCACCCGGAUUAUCAAGGGAUGGGCUACGGCAGCCGAGCCCUGCAGCUGCUGCAGAUGUACUACGAAGGCAGAUUCCCUUGUCUCGAGGAGAAGGCCCUCGAGACGUCACAAGAGAUUCACACCGUCAGCAGUGAGGCCGUCAGCUUGCUGGAAGAGGUCGUCACUCCCCGGAAGGACCUGCCUCCCUUGCUUCUCAAACUGAACGAGAGGCCCGCCGAGCGCCUGGAUUACCUGGGGGUGUCCUACGGCUUGACCCCCAGGCUCCUCAAAUUCUGGAAACGAGCUGGGUUUGUUCCUGUUUAUCUGAGACAGACCCCGAAUGACCUGACUGGAGAGCACUCGUGCAUCAUGGUGAAAACGCUGAUGGACGAGGAUGAGGCCGACCGGGGCGCCUGGCUCUCGGCUUUUUGGAAGGAUUUCCGAAGGCGGUUCCUGGCCCUGCUGUCCUACCAGUUCAGUGCCUUCUCUCCUCCCCUGGCUCUGAACAUCCUUCAGAACAGAAACAUUGGGAAACCCAUGCAGCCAGCCCUGCGCCGGGAGGAGCUGGAAGCGCUUUUCCUCCCCUAUGACCUGAAGCGGCUGGAGAUGUACUCACAGAACAUGGUGGACUAUCACCUCAUCAUGGACCUGAUCCCGGCCAUCUCCCGGCUGUACUUCCUGAACCAGAUGGGGGACCUGGCCCUCUCUGCUGCCCAGUCGGCUCUUCUCUUGGGGAUUGGCCUGCAGCACAAGUCUGUGGACCAGUUGGAAAAGGAGAUCGAGCUGCCCUCGGGCCAGUUGAUGGGACUUUUCAACCGGAUCAUCCGCAAAGUUGUGAAGCUGUUUAACGAAGUGCAGGAGAAGGCCAUCGAGGAGCAGAUGGUGGCAGUGAAAGACGUGGUUAUGGAGCCCACGAUGAAGACGCUGAGUGACGACCUGGAUGAAGCAGCAAAGGAAUUCCAGGAGAAACACAAGAAAGAAGUGGGGAAGCUGAGGAACAUGGACCUCUCUCAGUACAUAAUCCGUGGGGACGAUGAAGAGUGGAAUGAGGUUUUGAACAAAGCCGGGCAGAAUGCCUCCAUCGUCAGCCUGAAAAGUGACAAGAAAAGGAAGUUGGAAGGCAAGCAAGAACCCAAACAGAACAAGAAGUUGAAGAAAAACAGAGAGAUGAAGAACAAAAAGGAUGCAAAACUGAAGCGGAAGAAAUAGUGGCGAGAAACUUGGGCAUAGGCGGUGGACUCGUUAGGAGACACCCUGACUUUCUGAAUUCCCUCUGGCUGGACGGGGCGCCCGCCGACUGGACUGUUAAAGGCCAGAGGCCAGCGGCGAGUUCAGCCUGUGGGCCGAGCUUGGCUUAAGGCAGAGUCACCUCCAAGUGGGUCUGCUGAGAACCUGAGGCUUGGCAAGCCCCUGCCGCUGGCUCUCUUGCCCGAGUCCAGGCCUGCCUUCGCUGCGUUCAUCUUUCACUCGGCCCAGCUUUUUUGGUUCCUUCCCACACGUGUGGAAGCCGCACUGGCUCUCGUUCCUUCUCAGGUGCCAAGUACACUGCCUCCUGGGGUGCCCGGGAGGCCGCUGGGGCAGUACUGGGGCCUCUUGUCAAAGACAUGACCAAACUCCCUGAGGCGGGAGCUGCAGGCGCCCUUGGUCCAGCCAGAUGGCUGUGGCUGUGCGCUGGGGUCCACACGGCCGUGCUGCUGCCUGCUGGCCCAGAAAACCCUGAACUCCUAAUAUAGGAAAAGGUAUAUCAUCUGAGUCCCCCAAACCUGUCAUUUCAUCCAUUUGGGACGAAAUGUUGGGAAAGACCUUUUUGCUAGCAGGGGUGAGGGGGGAUAGAGAGUCUAUUUUUAAUAAAUGACAUCUUAGAAGGA